UUUACAGAGCUGGGAGCUGCUUUCACAUCCGAAGCUAAGCAGCAGACACAGAGUCUGCGGAGCCCCUAACAAUUCAACAGAAACUUCGCAGAUGGAAUUGGCUUGCGUGCAGAUUCUGAGCUUGCGUCCCCAACUGAAGACUAAAGCAGAAUCACGUUAGCUUAGCUUUACAGCACUGGUUUCAUGAAGCGUGUAGUCGUCCGUCUGGACUUUGCACAAUAAGAAAAUAAGAAAUGAGGACUCCACUUAUCUGCCUAUUUCUGAUCAUCAACCUGUGCAUUUGCUGUGGCCAGGAUGAACAGCCCUCUAAUUCAAAAGCUCAAAGACGCAGAAUGCAGAACAGACGCAGGAAAAUAAAGCUCUCAGCAAGAAACGAGCACUUAAUUGAGCCAACUCCUAUUCCAGUUCCAGCCUCCAAUUUUCCCAUCUACAACAACGAUGAUGCUGUGGUGCAUAUUUUAAAAGCAGUUUUGGGUGUUAACGAACAAGCACCAAGCUACAACAUUUUACCAGUUAAGAAAGGUCACUGCACAGUGAAUGGGAUGGUAAUGUAUGACAAGGCAGUCUGGUCCCCAAAGCCUUGCAUCACCUGCAUGUGUUCUAACGGGAAGGAAAUUUGUGAUGAAACAAUCUGCGCCCCUCUGACGUGCCCCGUGACUGUGACCCUAGAAGGUGAAUGCUGCCCGGUCUGCAGUGAAAUUGUACUUAACAGUUUUUCAAUGGACAAUAGACUAGAAUUUUCUGGUGAUUCUCCAGUACCAAAUGAUCCAAGUGAAGAAGUUCUUAAGAAGUCUCCAAGGACACAAGAAGAGAUGGAUGAGCUACUUAGAAGUGAGGAAGAAGAGACUGAGGAAGAAAAUGAAAGAAAAAGGGAUAAAGAGAAUAAGGCCAAAAAGAAAAAAGAGGAAAGGAGGCGCCAGAAGGAAGAACAAAAAAGACUUAAGCUGGAAGCUGAAGAAGCCGAAAGACAACUUGUAUUGGUAAGAAGGAAAGCCUAUGAAGAAGAGGAACUGAGAAUAGAGGAAGAAGAAAAUCGUAAGCGAGAAGAGGAAAGAAAAAGAAAAGAAGAGGAAGACAGGAGAGAAGAGGAGGUCAAUCGAUUAGCAAGAGAGAAAAAGGAACGUGAAAAGGAAGAAUUUGAGCCAGAGGAUGAAGAUGAGGACGAAGAUGAGGAUGAUGAUGAAGAUGACAUUUUGCGGGGAGAUGUUUUCAGAGCACCGCAAAGAAGGUUCCCAGGUUCCCGCCGUCCUACACAGACCCAUCAUCCUGCCCUGCCACCUGGUUGUUUCAUUUCAGAAAUCACAGUGAGCUGCUCCAAUGCUAAACUGACACGAAUACCUCCCAUAUCAGACCCCGACAUAAAGAGCCUGGAUCUCUUAGGGAAUUUUAUUACAUCGGUUCCAAAUGGAGCAUUUAAUGGAAUGCCUAACCUGGAAAGGAUUGAUCUUAGCAAAAAUAAUAUUACAUCUGCUGAAAUAGACACAAGGGCAUUUAAGUCACUGAAGAAUUUAAAACGUAUGUACUUAGAUGGGAACCUGCUGGUUCAUAUCCCAAGUGAAUUGCCAUCUACACUGGAGGAAUUGAAACUGAAUGAAAAUAAUCUUGCAGGCAUUGAGGAGAACAGUUUUAAAGGCUUAAAGGACCUAGUUACCCUGGAACUAGAGGGUAAUCAGUUGAGUGAAGCAAAUAUUGAUCCUCUAGCUUUCAAGCCACUGCAAAGCCUGACUUACAUGCGACUGGCCAAGAAUAAAUUCCGAACUAUUCCCCAGGGACUCCCGCCAUCUAUUGAGGAACUUUACCUUGAAAAUAAUGAGAUUGAAGAAAUUUCAGAAAUCGCAUUUAAUCAUACAACUAAUCUCAAUACAGUUGUAUUAAGAUAUAACAAACUUGAGGAGACGAGCAUUGCUCCUUUGAGCUGGAUGUUACAUGAGAACCUGGAAUCACUAGAUCUUUCCUACAACAAUUUUUAUCACGUGCCAUCCUACCUACCAAAAUCUUUACUGCAUCUUGUGCUGAUUGGUAAUCACAUUGAAAGGAUCCCGGGUUAUGUGUUUGCCCACUUGAAGCCGGGACUGGAAUAUCUCUACCUUUCUCACAACAAGCUUGACAACGACGGAAUGGACCCAGUUUCUUUUCAUGGAGCAUAUCACUCAUUGAGAGAAAUCUUUCUCGAUUACAAUCAAUUGACAAGUGUGCCGGUUGGAAUGGAAGAUAUGAAAGACCUUCAUAUUCUGAGGCUUAACAACAACAAAAUCAGGUCUGUGUCUCCACACUGUAUCUGCAGCGCUGAGGAUGAAAGAGACUCCAGCAUAGAGUAUUUACAUCUUGAAAACAACUACAUCAAUACAAGAGAAAUAUCCCCCUAUGCUUUCUCAUGCAUUCGUUCUUAUUCCAGCGUUAUUCUAAAACCUCAGAAAAUCAAGUAACGCAAAACGCAAGACUGAUGCUGUGUGAUUCAAUGUUAUUAUUUAUGAGGACUAAUGAAACAAGCGACCAAUCAACCACU